AUGCCGCCCGGCGACGAUGUAAACAUCAAGUCAGACUCUUUGCGGGUCGCAUCUGAUGGUCUUUCAAAUGGGCGCUCUGUCGUCGUCAAGACUGAAUCUGAGGCUGAAGCGGGCGCCCUUCGUUCUCCGGCAUACAUGGAGACUACCGAUAGAAGCAAAAAUGCGUCCACACCAGCCAGGGCGUCAUCGUCUUCAUCAUCGCCUGCCAGCAACAAGGUGUCAGGCUCAAGUAACUCGCCACAGAUGAAACUCGAAAAUGACAGUGACGAGAAAGAGAAAGCCGUGAUGACUAGUAGUAUCGGGGGUGACAUUACCCUCAAGCAAGAGCCGGGCAAACCGCCAAAGCUUGCUCGCAGCUCGUCUCAAAAGGUGGUUGCUCGGCCUCCUCAGCUGUUCGGUCAUUUACCGGACAGCGUCAACGAGGCCUGUCAAACUUUUGAGGUAAUCGAUGGUUGCAUCUAUGGGAGCAAGUACAUGGGGCAUACUGAGCAUGCCAUGGAAUGCGAUUGCUCUGAAGAAUGGGAUGGACAAACAAAUCAUGCUUGUGGAGAGGACUCGGACUGCAUCAACCGAGCUACAAGAAUCGAGUGCUUGGACGACUGUGGCUGUGGCCAAGGCUGCCAGAACCAGCGUUUUCAACGAAAAGAAUACGCCAACGUGACUGUAAUCAAAACAGCCAAAAAAGGGUUUGGCCUUCGCGCCGAAUCUGAAAUACGACCUCAUCAAUUCAUCUAUGAGUAUAUCGGGGAAGUUAUUAAUGAGACUAACUUUCGGCGCCGCAUGAUACAGUACGACAAAGAAGGCAUCAAGCAUUUCUAUUUCAUGUCCUUGAACAAAGGCGAAUUUGUGGACGCUACUAAGAAAGGGAAUUUGGCGCGCUUUUGCAACCACUCUUGCAAUCCAAACUGUUACGUCGAUAAAUGGGUCGUAGGCGAGAAGCUUCGGAUGGGGAUUUUCGCUGAACGCCACAUCCAACCUGGAGAGGAACUUGUCUUCAACUAUAACGUUGACCGAUAUGGAGCAGAUCCUCAACCUUGCUAUUGUGGUGAACCGAACUGUACGGGAUUCAUUGGUGGCAAGACGCAGACUGAGCGCGCAACGAAACUGUCAAAUGCUACCAUCGAAGCCCUCGGUAUUGAGGAUUCCGACGAUUGGGAUAUUGCGGUUGCCAAGAAACCUCGUAAGAGGAAGACAGAAGAGCCCGAUGAAGAAUAUGUCGAAAGCGUACAACCCAAGUCUUUGGAUGAAAACGGUGUCACGAAGGUUAUGGCUGCUCUGAUGCAGUGCACUGAGAAAUGGAUUGCAGUUAAACUCUUGGGUCGGAUUCAGCGAUGCGAUGACGAACGCGCCCUCAACCGUGUCGUAAAGAUGCACGGGUACCGAAUUCUCAACUCCCAGCUUAGCAUGUGGAAAGGUGAUAUCAAUGUGGUACUGCAAGUUCUCGAAAUAUUGUCCAAGCUACCGGCCCUCACUCGAAACAAAAUCAUCGACUCCGGGAUUGAAUCGACAGUUGAGCCAUUAACAGCAUCAGAAGAUGAUGGUGUCGGAAAGCAGGCUUCGUCGCUUUUGGAGGUGUGGUCGAAUUUGGAAGUUGGGUACCGCAUUCCUCGCAUGAAACGCGAUCCCACUGCAUUGUCCACACAGCAGGUGGUUAGUCAAUUUGAACGCCGUGAGACGACCGGAAAUGAUAAUCGCAAUCGAUCCAAGUCGAGAUCACGAUCGAGAUCACGUUCCAUUGAGCCUCCCCGUGGACCUGCUGCGCAGACACGAGGCGGUUUUGGAGGCGGCGGCGGUGGUGGUGGGCGAACUGUUCCGCAUAAUCGUGGUCCUCGCUUUCCACGACCAUCGGCGCUACCUCAAGGCUGGUCUGAGAGGUCAGACGUCGACGGGAGGCCGAUAUAUUAUACCGUCAAUGGCCAUAGUCAAUACGAAAGGCCGACUCUUCCAGCAACUGAGUUGCCAGCGGUUGCUUCUUUAAAGCGGAAGCAUUUCCAAGAUAUUAUCGAUACGAUUAUGGAAUCUCGAACGGAAACUCCGCGUGACAGGACGAGCACUCCAGGUACACCCCAACCGCAGAAAGCGGACUCGAAGAAGGAGUCAUGGAGGUCUUAUGCGGAGGAAAAGCAAAAGAAGAUAUAUGAGAAUACGGUCGCCACAAAGUUGGUUGAUUCGGACUUCAAGCACGAUCGAGUCGAGGAUAUCCACCGGAUUUCCGAAAAACAGCAGCAGAAAAUCAAGAAGUACUGCAAAGAAUAUUUUGAGAAAGCCGUGGCCAAGCAUAAAGCGCAUGAAAAGCGAAAAGCGGAGAGGAAAGGGGGCCACGACGGAAAAGCAGGGGACAAGGACAAGGACCACCAAGAUGAGUCGGCGCUGGGGACGCCCCAAGAUGCUGUCAUGGAUGAUGAUAAAGAUUCACCAAGCGAGCAAAACGACGAUCUUAAUGCAUCGGAAGAUGAGGAUGACAACGAUAAUGACGUCAAAGGCAAACGCAAGAGGGGGAAUAAUAGCAACGAGAACUCCGACGCAGGAAUUGAAAAGGGACAUACAUCUCCUACAAAGCGACACAAGUCUUCAACCCCACCACGAUCACCAUCAUCAUCACGACUACCGUCAUCCUCCAAAGGACUUGACGAAGAAUUACAACGUUCGGGCAUUUCUGCUUCACAUCAAAGCAUAGGGGUUGUACAAUAG